UUUCCUUCUCACUAGUCUCUUGUUCUGGGGUUUAGCUAUAAAAGCAGAGAGUUUCUGAAGAGACGACACCCUUCAAAGAGCUGCAAACUCAUCAGAAUCAUCUAUUGAGCGUUAACUCCACAACUGACCCAAUCAUGAGCAAAAAUUACCUGUCCAAGUAUGAUGAGAUGCGUAAGGGGGACUACCUAAUGUCCAACAACCAUGAGUGGAAGGCCUGUUUUCAGGAGGACGGUAACUUUGUGAUCUACGGCUGGAAGCCCAUGUGGAACUCGGACACCGUGGGCCAGCGAGACGCCUACCGUCUGUGCAUGCAGGAUGACUGCAACUUUGUCAUGUACAAGAGGGAUAACAAGAUGCUGUGGCAGACCAAGUGCCCGGCGUCUGGCGGGUUCAAAAUGUGCCGCAUGUGGCUGAGGAACGACGGCACCCUGGUGAUUGAGAGGGAUGGAGAGGAGGUGUGGUCUUCUGCUCAGUCUAAGGGAUUCAAGCAGUGAAGGAAGAGCCUGCAGCUCCACACAGGAACAGUUCAUGCCCAUCAUACUUAUCCUUUCCAUCUGUGCUGUAUGACCAUCUCUGUUCAAUAAAAGAGCAAUGAAAAUAAGCUGUG